UGUGGGGCCGUGGGCUCUCUGCUGUGUCAGAGGUGCAGCGGGGGGGACGGAAGAACGGGGGCUGCCAAAUCCCAAGCUUUGCAGCCGGGAGAUGCUCGGGGCCUUCUGCAUGACACGCAGAGCAGAGCGGGGAAAGGAAAUAAAGCCGGUUCCUUUAAGAGGGUUUUUCGCCGCUUGGCAGCGCCGCCCGGGCAGCCAAUUCCCACCGUCCCGACACACGGCGGCAGCCGAGACAGCGCCGGCGGUGGGGGGCACCGACGGGUCCGGGGCACCAAUACGGGAGCGGAUAACUGCGCGGAACCGGUCCUCCCACCUCGCCGCCCGGCCCUGCCCAGCCCAGCCCUACCGAGGGAUGGGGAGCGCAUCCCGGCUGGGGACCCGCGGGGGCAGCGCUAAGCCCGGGGAGCGGCACUGAGCAGCGGCCGCCGCCCGUUCUCCUCCCCUGCGGUCCAUCGGUGCGCACCGGGGGCUGCGGGCGCUCGGCCCCGCCGCGGGCAUCGCCCCUUUGUCCGCAGGGGGGUGGAGGGAGCGGCGGCGGCGCUGCGGCAGUGCGCGGAGCGGCGGAGGCGGCGGGGAGCGGAGCCCGAGCUCGUACAGGGCCGAGGCUGGCUGUUUUCCAGCCCUGAAAGAGAUCUGUCUGCAUCGGGGAGAGGGCUGGGAAGAUCUCGGCGCAGCUCCUCGCGAGGCCAUCCUCCCCUUCCAGGGGAUUGUGUGUGUGCAUUGCAGCUGCGGCGAGGAGCUGCCUGCAGCCUGCGGCUCAGCAAAAUGUAGAGCAGCACAAUGGCAGAGAAAGGCAUGGAUCCUGCGUGCGUCUCCAUCGCUCUGGAGGACACAGUUUGCCACGCCGGCCCCCCGGACGCCCCGCUCCUCACCACCCACUUGAAGAAGGUGGAGAACCACAUCACAGAGGCCCAGAGGUUUUCCCACCUCCCGAAACGCUCUGCUGUCAACAUUGAGUUCAUUGACCUGUCCUACUCUGUGCGUGAGGGCUCCUGGUGGAGGAAGAGAGGCUACAAGACCCUCCUCAAAUGCCUGUCAGGGAAGUUCUGCCAGCGAGAGCUCAUUGGCAUCAUGGGGCCAUCGGGUGCCGGCAAAUCCACGCUGAUGAACAUCCUGGCUGGCUACAGGGAGACGGGUAUGAAGGGUCAGAUCCUGGUGAACGGGCGGCCGAGGGACCUGCGCACCUUUCGCAAGAUGUCCUGUUACAUCAUGCAGGAUGACAUGCUGCUGCCACACCUCACCGUGCUGGAGGCCAUGAUGGUCUCUGCUAACCUGAAGCUGAGCGAGAAGCAGGAGGUGAAGAAAGAGCUGGUCAAUGAGAUCCUGACAGCCCUGGGGCUGCUGGAGUGCUCCUACACCCGCACCAUCUCGCUGUCGGGUGGGCAGCGCAAGCGCCUGGCCAUCGCCUUGGAGCUGGUGAACAAUCCUCCAGUCAUGUUCUUCGAUGAGCCCACCAGUGGUCUGGACAGUGCCUCCUGCUUCCAGGUCGUCUCCCUGAUGCGUUCCCUGGCUCAGGGUGGCCGCACCAUCAUCUGCACCAUCCACCAGCCCAGCGCCAAGCUCUUCGAGAUGUUUGACAAGCUCUACAUCCUUAGCCAGGGCCAGUGCAUCUUCAAAGGCGUCGUGACCAACCUCAUCCCUUACCUGAAGGGCCUUGGGCUCCAUUGCCCCACGUACCACAACCCCGCUGACUUCAUUAUCGAGGUGGCCUCAGGAGAGUAUGGGGACCUCAACCCUGUCCUGUUCCGUGCUGUGCAGAACGGCAUGUGCACCAUGGCAGAGAAGAAGAGCAGCCCCAACAAGGCGGACUCAUCGUGCCCGGCGCACUGUGUGACAGACGUGGACCACAUCGAGAGCCACACAUUCGCCACCAGUACCUCCACCCAGUUCUGCAUCCUCUUCAAGAGAACCUUUAUCUGCAUCCUGAGGGACACGGUGCUGACCCACCUGCGCUUCAUGUCCCACAUCUGCAUCGGGGUGCUGAUCGGGCUGCUCUACCUGCACAUCGGCAACGACGCCGGCAAAGUCUUCAACAACACCGGCUUCCUCUUCUUCUCCAUGCUCUUCCUCAUGUUUGCUGCACUGAUGCCCACCAUCCUCACCUUCCCCCAGGAGAUGUCUGUAUUCCUGCGAGAGCACCUGAACUAUUGGUACAGCCUGAAAGCCUAUUACCUGGCCAAGACCAUGGCAGAUGUGCCCUUCCAGGUGAUCUGCCCCAUUGCCUACUGCAGCAUCGUGUACUGGAUGACAGGCCAGCCGCCCGAGGCCACGCGCUUCCUCCUCUUCUCUGCCCUGGCCACCGCCACUGCUUUGGUGGCCCAAUCCCUCGGGCUUCUCAUUGGAGCUGCUUCCACCUCCCUGCAGGUAGCCACCUUUGUGGGACCCGUCACCGCCAUCCCCGUCCUGCUCUUCUCGGGCUUCUUUGUCAGCUUCAAGACCAUUCCCACCUACCUGCAGUGGAGCUCCUAUGUCUCCUACGUCAGGUAUGGUUUUGAAGGCGUCAUCCUCACCAUCUAUGCCAUGGAGCGCGAGGACCUCGAGUGCCUGGAGGACUUCUGCCCUUUCCAAAAACCCAUCAAGAUCCUGCAGGAACUGGAUGUGGAGGAGGCCAAGCUCUACCUGGACUUCCUCAUCCUGGGCAUCUUCUUCGUCAUCCUGCGGCUCCUGGCGUACCUGGUGCUCAGGUACAAGGUCAAGUCGGAGAGAUAAAGGGGCCACGGGACCCCAGAGCUGCCCCCCGGGCCUGAGCUGCUGCAUGGCAGCCAUGGACCAUGUUGGUAGGUGCCAGCCAGGCCUGGCUCAGUCGAGAAGGGUUUUGAGACAUCUCGGAACUGUUUUAACCUUUCCACGCACUCUUCAUGGCAAACGUUUUGUACAGCCCCACCACGCGUCCCCCGGUUCUGCCUCACCCCCACGGAGCUGCAUCCCUUCACUCAACCUGCCUGCCUAUGGGGGAUAGCAGGGAUGGCCCCAAGGAGGCAGAGUGAGGCUGUGGGGAGCUCCAGGCAGGAGAAGGAGAGGCGCCGGGGGUCCGAGCCCCGUGGGGACACACACAGAGCCAUCGCAUAGAGAAGAGCCCCAAGCCACCAAGUCGCACAAGGCUUCUGCGUUUCCUGCUGCUGCAGCCACAGAUUGCUGCCUCCCCUUUUCCUUUCUGCUUCAAUCCUCACUUUACUUCUUUUUUUUUUUCCUUCUUCUUCUUUUUAUUUCUUUUUCCUCCUUUUUAAUUUUGCAUUUAAUUUUGAAACCCCGCUGCUUUCAGUCCGCAAGGAGAGGAAUGGGAGCAGCGGGCAGAGGACUCGGGGCUCUCCUGUGCUGCUGCUCAGUGCCAUCCUCAGGGCUGGCCUCUGCUACCUGGGGACACAGCAGUGUCUGUGGGAGUGGGACAGUGCUCUCAGACCUCAGGGGGUGUCACGUUCAGUCUUUGGGAUCUGAGCCAAGAGGAUAAAAGCGAUCGAUACGAAGAGAAGCGACCGUCCCAUCAAACCCAGUGUGGAGCACUGUGCUGUCAGUGGAGCUCUGCUGGCCUCUUGUUCCCUUUCCCCAGCACAACCACGCAGGAUGGGAAUGACCCUCCCUCAGCAACAGCCGUGUGCUGCCUGCAGGGAGGAGAUGAAGGCUGUGGGCACCCACCCACUGCAGCAGGACUGGUGGGUAAGAGCAUGGACAAGUGGGUCCCAGUGGUGCCAGAGCUGGAAGGCAGGUGAGAUCUGGCAGCAGUUGGUUUGCAUUGAGCCGCCCUGAUAUCCGGUACCAGGAGAAAGCAUCUUUUGGUGGUUCCUCCCAAGCUCUGCACCCCUCAGGGGCAUUUUAGCACCUUGUUGGCUUUUCAAAGGAGUGGAGCUGGUGGGGACAGCACGCUGGCACUGCUGUCAUGGGGCUGCAUGGGUGCUACCGGAGCCCACUGCCUGCUGGUGAGCAUGGACACGGCAGGGGAUUGGACUGCAGAGAGAAGGACAGGUUGCUGCAACGUCCUCUGAACUCUUCUUCACUUUUCCUGGUUUGCUCUGCACUGCAGGGGCUGGCUGGAGGGCAGAGAUGGAGGUACUGCUGCAGCGGGGCUGGGUUUCCCCUGCAUGGAUGUGAAGAGCUCGUGCAUAAAGGCUCUGGAAGCAGGACGUGCCCUGAUGCUCUUCCAGUGCUGAGCAUUGGGGUUUCCCCAGGGGAUCUGGGCUGACUUACUGACAAAAUUCCCCUCUGCUCCCAGCUCCACCUUCACUAUCCCUGUGCUGUGCUGGGCAGAGGAUGGGAACACUGCUGCCACCUCCAGCCAGGGAGACACGGGCAGCAGGCCCCACAUCUGCUGUGCCACCAGGGAAUGGCAGAGCUGCUGGCUGUCCCCCAUCUCCAUCUCAUGUCUGUGGGGCUGUUGGGCUACUUCGGUGCCCCAUUUCUGCUGCUCUUGGAUUGCAGCGUGAGGUCAAGGGAGAUCCGUGCCGAUUUUUGCCCUGUCCAGGAUGUGUGCAGUGAGGAUGCACUUUAUUGGAGCGGGGGAGUGGAACUCUGGGUGCUUCUGGCUGCAGGCACCCCUCCAGGGAACGCGUCUGGAUAAUCACGAGGAGUGUGAAGGAGGAGAGCAGGCUUCUUCCCCUCCACCUCCUCUCCCUUCCCACCCCCUCCCUUCCCAUGCAAUGCACUUUGAGUGCAUUAGGAUGAGGUUUGAGCUGUGGCUUGCAGCUCUCUGAGGGCAGCAGCUGAACCUCAGCCCAUCUUGAACCGAUUCAGGCCCAAAGGCUCAGCUGGGGUGGGUGCUGCUGGCGUAGGUGUGCUGUGAACCCCAGCAUGCUGCCAGGCACACAGGGACUCGGCCUCUCCCCUCCACGCAUGUCUGGGUCACCUUUGUCACAUUCACAAGUGAAGCAAAAGCAUCCUCGCCCUGUGUGCAGGGGUUUUUGGAAGGGACAGCAGGGCAGCACAGGGGGUAAAGAUCUGCCUGUGGGGUCUCACCCACUCCAAGCAGGCAAUAAAGCAGUGUUUCAUUCUCGCUGUGUGUGGACACCAUCCAUCCUGUCCUGCUGGGGGUCUCCUGCUGCCUCCCUGCCGCCAUAUGCUGUGUGUGGUUGUGCUGUGCUGGGGUGUGCAUGUGGGGUCGGGGUGAGCCGUUACCAAAAUAACAUGCAGACGGCAGCUCAGAGCACGACGGAGAUUGCUCACGGGGCUGCGGCUCUGCUGUGCGAGGGCUUUGCCAGCAGUGGGACCUGCUGCCUUGCAAUGGGGAUGCAUCGCUGCCCUGCAGAGGU